AUGAUUAAUGCUCAAGCUAUUAUAUUGGAUUGCCUGUCAAUAAUAUUUGUUAGUAAUAUUCAAACGAUUAAUAUUUAAUCGAGAAAGUAUGCAAAUCAACCUUAGGUUUUUAUUAUCGUUCAAAUUAUGAUAGUACAUGUAUUUUAAUGUAAUAUUUUUUUUAAUAAUUCAAGCAAGUGCUUUGUUUAUUGAAUAGAUUUUUCCGAAUGAAGAGAGAUAUUCAAUAAAAUUUUCAGAUUUGUUCAAUAGUUCAGAAUUUGAUUAAACAAAUACAGGAUUAUUACACGGGAUAUUCACUAAAAAUUCUGGUACUUAUCGAUUUGUUGAUUUAUCCUAAUUUUAAUAAGGAAUUUGUUUGAUAGGAAUAAGAAUGAUGAUAUCAUUUUAUAAUGAUAUUCCUAUAGGAGGAGGAAUAAAAUUUGAAAUUAAUAAUACUUAUUAUGGAUCAAUAUUAAAUACAAAUGAAGGUAAGAAAUUUCACAGAACCAAAUUAUAUCAAGUAGAUUAAUUUGCAUGCUCUACUCUAUGGACUAGUUGCUAAAUAUCUACAAUAUUCUUAUUUGUUGAUAUUCCAAAAUAUUCUUUUGUAUUUACAGCAUUUGGAAAUUACAAGUAAAUAUUAAAUAGAUAAAUUCAUUAGAACUGCAACUGCAGGAUGAACUUUAAGAGAAUUUGAGGUAUCUUCAGGAUAUUGUUAAUCCAAUUGUAAAUUUUGUGAGAUACCUUACAUAUGUUAAGUAUGUAACGAUGGAUUAUAUAUAUCAAGUGAAGGUAGAAUUAACUGAACUAAUUAAGUUAGAAUUGUGUUCCAUGCAAUGGAUAUUACGAAACAAUAAAUUCAAACUUUUGUGAUUCUUAUGAUUAAGAAACUCAAUGUAUUAAUGAAGUUAGCUAGAUUCCAAAUUUUUAAUAAAAAAUGAGUAUUUUAGUCAGAUAAAUGAUCCAUUAUAUAUAUUAAUAAAUAUUCAUUUAAACAAUAAGCCUCAAAGUAUGUUUUAGUUUCAUAAAAAUCUGUAAACUUUUUAAAAGGAUCAAAUACAAUUAAUGGAUAAGUUUUAUAAUAAUUAAAUUAUAAACUCUUAAUCUUUAAUCUGUAUCUGUUAUCCAUUUUGGUUAGGCAAGUAUAUUUUUGGAGGAUAAUUUGUUUGGAGUUAAGAAAAAUUUAAAAUAACUCAUUAACUUAAAAAUCCACAUCAUAACACUAGGGUUUUAUAUUUUAUAUGGUAAGAAUUUUCCAUCAGAUGGUUAAUUCAUUUACAUUUUUGAGUCUAAGUAAUCAAUAAUAAAAUCUAGAACAAAUGAUGAUGGAACAAUGAAAUUUAUACAUAGUAAUUCUUCUAAUACAUUAACUUUGUAUUGGGAAUGUUCAGGUAGUAACAGAAAUCCUUAAGAUUCAUAUUGUGGAGUAUAUGGAUAUAAUGUUAUUGUUCAUUAUUGCUAGCCAAAUUGUUUAUAAUGUCUAAAUUAUAAUGCUUGUUCAUUGUGGGAUAUAGAUGUUUCAUUAAAAUAUAAAAUUAUAAUUCAGUCAAACUAAAAUUUCUUACAGAGAAAUCAUGUUAAGCUAGAAAAUAUUAAGAAUAGAAAUGUUUAUCUUGUCCUGCAACUUGUCUUACUUGUACAUCUGCACACAAAAUUGUUAAAGUUGUAUAUCAACAUAUAGUCUGAUUAGAUAAAGAUAUAGCUGUUUAAUGAAUUAAUAUAAAGCAAAUAAUUAAUGUUAUGA